UGUAGACCAAGGUCCUUAUAGCCAGUCUUCCACGGGCAGCUUGACAGCUCUGGAGUCCAAAUGGCUGCUCUAGUAUUGGCUAUUCUUCUUUUCAAAUGUUUUCUUUUCACUUGGGCUGAAAUCCAUAACCUGUUUCGGCAUUGCACAGCCAUGUCAGGAAUUAACAACUUCCCGGAUUACGUGCAGCGUCAAGUUGUUGACGGUCAAUACUGUAGCAAUUAUAGCAGUGCCAUGCAGAGGAACGUCCCAAAGAAUAUAUGCUUUAACGACAGUCUGAGUCCAAACUACUGGGAUACUAGCACUAAGGAAUCAGUGAUGAUGGAGAAUGGAAUCACCGAGUACUUUACAUUAAUAAAAAAGGACCGAAAUGAAACUGUGGGAGUACAUGUAUUCCAGGCGAUUCACUACUGUUGGUGGAAUGAUAAGACUAAUGAAACAGGUUACUUUGUAACACGUGCAUACGAUGGAGUUGCCCUUAUUGGACUAAUGGCUCAUGCACCAAAAGGAUUAUCCGGUGAAGAUGAGUUCCAGCGUAAAGAGAAGUGCUAUAGAGAGCUAAACUAUUAUGUUACGUAUGCGAAAAAAUGCUUGGAACUGACAGUCGCCCCAGAUGUCUCUCUGUUCUUGAGCUACUCUUCCAGCUCUUCAGCGGUGUGCCACGGUACAGGUUUCUAUCCUAACGGAGUGAACAUCACUUGGAAGAGAGAUGGACAGGUGAUGGAGAAUGUGAACUCCACACUGCCCAAUGGGGAUGGAACCUUCCAGAGCAGAGCCGUGAUCACUGUGUCACCUGAGGAGAGGAGGAAGAGCCGGUACACCUGUGAGGUGGCACACGAGAGUGGACUCAUCAUCAAGACCCUGCCUGAGGAAGAGGGUUCUGGGAUUGUGAUUGGGUCUGUGAUUUUGGUUUUUUUGCUUCUGAUUGGGGCAUUAAAUGUGGCAUUCUUUUGCAAAAGAAUGAGGACCCAAAAUGAGACUGAACUUGCACCACAGAGACAAGAGACCAAGAUGCUGCCUCUAGAGGCUGUGUGAAGUUCUCAGAUCUGAAUGGAUCUGAUCGACCUCUGCUGGCACAGCCUAACAAUGUUCCAAGGUACAACGCGGUUGAGUAAACCUAACCUGAUCUGGAUUUCGCCCUGCAGCUCAGGCUGGAAACCUGCACAUCUAUCUCUCCUGCUUCCUGUCCACGUUUGCUGGGUCCAAUUACAAACAGGCUUAUCCACAAGGCAUACUCAAAUCGUUUGUCUGAUUGGUUGAAGGACAAUCCAAGUAGCCUGGCACGCCCUCCCAGUGACGUAGCCUAACACCUUCGGCGUUGCUGUCGCUGGUCUGGCCAACUGCUCAUCGGGCAGGAUUUCUGAAUUCCGGAAAACUGCGGAACUGCCCCCUUUGGUCGAGAACCAAUCAACUUUGAGCAGCUCCAACGGCUCUGGGUAGAGACGUGUUCAAGGCAUGUCAUUAGUUUAAACUCGGCAAACCCCUUUCUGACUUCGACCAGUAGCAAAUCGAGGCACUUAAAGGAGGCGGGUCAACCAAGCGCUUGGGGGCAGCCGUGGUGUACUGGUUAGCGCAUCGGGCUUGUAACCGGAGGGUUGUCGGUUCGAUCCCCGACCAGUCCACUACGGCUGAAGUGCCAAUGAGCAAGGCACCUAACCCCUCACUGCUCCCCGAGCGCCGCUGGUUGGGCAGGCAGCUCACUGCUCUGGGUUGUGUGAUUCACCUCACUGUGUGUUCACUGUGUGCUGUGUGUUCACUAAUUCGGCUAAAUUGGGUUAAAUGCAGAGAACUGAAUUUCCCUCACGGGAUCAAAAAAAGUAUAUAUUAUUAUUAUUAGAAACCGUUCAACACAGGCUCUUGGUCAGACUAAAGUCUCGCAGAGCCUUUCAAGUCGAUGGCAAUCAGGCUACAAUCCAAGUGUCAUUUGAACUAUGUCCAUUGAUCACGCCUCUUGUGCAGUAGAAAUAAAGUGCAGACUCCCCAAACUAAUGUUCAAUCUUAAAAGAUUGAGCUUAGUAUGGUGAUUGCCAGACUAAGGUUUCCCUGUAAUAGCCUACAUGGGAGUUAGUCUGGGAGAGAGGCCAGAAUCCUGGUUUUGUCAGUUAGCAUUUUUUUUCUUUGCUGUUUCUUGCUACUCAAUAAGAAUUGGGAGGGUGCCUGGUGAUAUCCCUUGGGCGAUUCCUGAUAUUCAGCCGCACAGUUGUCCAUAUCACUUCAACCUCAUGUGCCCUUUGUUUGGGGCGGUGCGGUGGUGGUAUAGUUCUUAAGGCGCUGGCUCAGGGCUUGCAUGCAGUAGCCAGAAACAGUGGGGUUCAACUCUUGGCUUCCACUGUUGUGCCCUUGAGCAAGAAUUCUAUUGAUUCCCAUUUCUACAUUCUAUUACAAUAUGCUGGAGUGAGAUUGAACAUUAGCUAUUGGGUACCCAAGGUUAUGGGGUCCAAGGCCUUGAUCAUGGGAUGAUUCAUGGCAUAAUGCUCCCUCAGUAUUUUUUCUAUAGCAUAUGACAUUUACAGUCCUGUAGCACUUGACCAUUCAAGUUCCUGAACUUAGCUCCUUCUUUUGUCAGCUUUUGGACCCUUUCGGCUCCCUCAGUCGACAUUCUCCAACUUCAGAGAUGUCCUGAGGGAAAAGAGAAUAGUUGGAUCGGACACUUUUAAGUUAGCUAUAAUGUGGAAUACUACUGUGACAAAAAGUAGAAAUGGGUUUGCAUUUCAUGCUGUCCUCCCAACAGGGCAAUAAUAUGGAAGGUUUUUUUUUACGGAAACAUCGCUAUUUAGGCCAAUUUUAAGAGCUUAUAGCAUGGGCUCUACUUUUUUUUUAUGUUUUGAGGUUGUUCCAGUUGCUGUAAAAUCCAAAUCUCUAUGUUUCAAUCAACAGGACAUCAAUGAUGCUGGGUAGGACAGUAAUUCCAGUAAUAUUUAAAAAAAAAAAACACUGAAAUGGAAAAUUCAUAUUACAUUAAAGGAGUCCUAGAAUUCAAAACCACAUUCACCUUGUUCCUGUUGAAUUUAGGCUGCGAGCAGUGUCCAAAGGACAACACCAAAGACUUUUCCGCGUCCCCCGCCUGCUUUCGUAUGCAAAUUGGGAAAUAGAAACAGCCGUGUUGAAAUGCUCCAAUCUGAACAGAGCUCAGAUAACACGUAAUAGGGGCCCAUCCCCCUUUAGAUACACCCCCUCUCAUUUGCAUACCUUCGAUUAAUAAUUCUUGUUAAACUGCUCUUACGAUGCUAGUAUCUAGAUAUGUGGUCUAUGGCAGAGACGUUGUAAUGCUAGCGUUAUUACAGCUAACUUUGGAGAGUUACUAUACUAAGAAAUGUACUGAUAAAACUUACCAAUCUAACACAUUCAUUCUGUUGGGGAAUCUGCUGCACUUCAUCUUCAUCAGAUCCUUCCUCUGACUCGGUUUAUACAUGUACGGCUGUAUUCCUUAUUUAAAUCCAUUGCUGAUAGCUUUAUCAAAGACUUUGGCUUUAUUUACCAGCAGUAAACAUAGUUUCACUUUGCUCUAGCUUCAGACCGGUGGAUUGAGCCAAUCAACUUUCAGGACAUAUCGGCCAAUAGACCAAUCAGCGCGCAUCUCAUUUGAAUAUUCAUGAACUUGCUGAGUGGGCGGGAAAAACAAACUGUUUCAUUGCAAGGCUUAUUUAUGACCUUGUAUUAGGCGAUCUAGCAGUGCUCCUGGGGCGUUUUCAGCCCCACAAAUUUACAUAUGACAUUAUUUAGGCUGAAAGAUCAAUUUGUAAUGGUCAAAAAAUGCGUUCUAUGACUCCUUUAAUGAAAUAAGAUGCCAGGCUGAAAGUUUCCUUUAGUUUUAAGAUAUAGGGGACCGUUGAAACAGUCAUCUGAAUUUCCACCUAACCAGUCACUGGUCAUUCAAUGUGCUUUACUUUAACACAAGCAAACAGCUAGAAUAAGCAUAGAAGGGCAAUAGUCAAAUAAUAGUUUUAAAAGUAAAGAUUAAAAA